ACGCUUGCGCUGGCUGUAGGGGAGGGGAGUUGGAGCGUCUUGCUGGCUGAUGGGAUGGGGCUAAGCGUCAGGGCCGUUUUCUUUGACCUGGACAACACGCUGAUCGACACCGCUGGGGCGAGUAGAAAAGGCAUGUUGGAGGUAAUAAAGAUUUUACAAUCAAAAUACCAUUACAAAGAAGAGGCUGAAAUAAUUUGUGACAAAGUUCAAGUUAAACUCAGCAAGGAAUGUUUUCAUUCUUCCAAUACAUGCAUUACUGAUCUAAGGAUUUCACACUGGGAAGAAGCAAUUCAGGAAACCAGGGGUGGUGCAGCCAAUAGGAAGUUGGCUGAAGAAUGUUAUUUUUUGUGGAAAUCUACACGUUUACAACAUAUGACACUAGCAGAAGAUGUCAAAACCAUGCUCACUGAACUUCGAAAGGAGGUCUAUCUACUUUUAUUAACAAAUGGAGACAGACAGACGCAGAGGGAGAAGAUUGAGGCUUGUGCCUGUCAGUCCUAUUUUGAUGCUAUUGUUGUAGGUGGAGAACAGAAAGAAGAGAAACCAGCACCUUCCAUAUUUCAUUACUGCUGUGAUCUCCUUGGAGUACAGCCUGGGGACUGUGUGAUGGUUGGUGACACACUAGAAACUGAUAUACAAGGAGGUCUCAAUGCAGGGCUGAAGGCAACAGUCUGGAUAAAUAAAAAUUCAAUAGUGCCAAAUAAGUCAUCACCCAUACCACAUUAUAUACUUUCUUCUGUGCUAGAGUUACCUGCUCUCUUACAAAGUAUAGACUGCAAAGUCAGUAUAUCAGCUUAAAACAAAUAAAAGGGCAUGGUUAUGUAUUUUACAGGAUUUGAACUAAGAAAAGUUAAGGCAUUCCACAUACUAUGACCCAGUUCUAAGGAUCAUUUUACUUAUGAUUUAAUAACCAACCAACCAUUGACUGGUAUUGAUAUCUGGAAAUCUAUAAUAAAUUGAUACAAGUUACUUUUCUUAGUGUGAUUGAGAAAAAUCAAAGAAAUAUUUGUUAAUCUAUGAUGAGGUUUUAAAAAAUUAUUAAUCUUUUAGCAUCUUAGAUUCAAAAGAUAAGGAGGAUAGCUUAUACAUAGGUACUUAAAUACAGGUUUUAUGUACUGGCUUAAAAAUAGAUUUUUUUUAAUAAAACCUCCGAAAACAUAUGUAAUAGUGGUUUACCAGAGCAACUGAAUCUGGUUAAUAUGAAAUAAGUACUAAGUCACAUUCAAAUCGAGGCAUUUUAUUGAUUAUUUUGUAUAUAUUUGAAAGAUAUGUAUAUAUACCAUUUUUACAUACUUUAAAUGUAUACUUUCUUUUAUACAUCUAAUUUUUCUGCAUUACCUUUCUUGAGGGGCCUCUUAUUUUCCUGUGGUAUAAACAUGACAGAUUCCUCCAGUAAAAAAAAAAAAGCUGUGUAAUCAACAUGUGGUACUCCUUUUUCAUGACAUUAUCACAUUUUUCCAGAGUGAGUUUCCUACAGGUCUUUACCUCUUCUGAAAAUAUUUUUACUGUCUAUUACCAUGCACACAAUGGAGUUGAGGGACUGGACUGUCUUUCUGAAGAUAAGUGCAAGACACAAAAAGUCAUUUUUCUGGGACAACUGUAAUAGCAUAAACAGUAUAGUAUUUAAAUUAAAAAGUCAUUUUCCUUUUGUGGAUACAUCAGAGGUGAAUUGUCUUGGUAUAGCCUUACUAGGUGCCCCCUCCCCAACUCCCUUCUAUUCUCUACUGACUGAACAGUUUCACCCAUAUGAUAAAACUAACAGAAAAUUAGUUUUUGAUCUGAACCAUUUUCAGGGUGCCAUUUUAAUAUUUGGCUCUUGAUGCUACCAUCUGUCUUAAGCCUCCUGCUUUUCAAAUUUUGGGAAACAUUGUUUCACAAAUUUCUAUAUUCAGUUUAGGGUUUACUUGAGCUUAAUAAUUAAUGAUUCCAUUUCAAAGUAUCUUACAUCUAGAAAAAUUUCUUAAGGUAGUCUCAUUUCACCAACUUAGAGUAAAAUGGUUAUUUAAGGAAACAAGAAACGACAACUUCAGGUUUUUAAAAAAAUAUUUGUAUAAACUACUAGGGUAAAAUAUUAGACUUUGUUACAGUUUUUAUGACUUUUUCAAGUAUCCAGUACUUAGAUUGUAAAUUAUGCCUCUCCAUAAACCUAUAAUAUUUCUUCAGCCAGUUAUUUCCUGCCUACUACCAAGAACAGAAUUUUCUGCCAUUGUGUAACUUCCUGUUGUAUUUACCUCUCUUGAUUUUUAAAAUGUGACUGUGAUUUACUGUUCCAGAAUUCUGUUAUAAAGCUGGACAUUUGUGAACAGCAUAUGUGUGUAGUACCAGGUAUGGUAUCCAUAUGACCUCAAUUAUAUUUUAGCUAUUUCAAAAUUGUUCAGUUGGAGGAUCUUGACAAAAAAUAAUUAUGUGUGCAAUUUCUUUAACAGAUGAUGAGUAAUUCUGAGGGUUUUUCCUUUUAGCUGUCCCACGGAUAGGUGUAGGCAGCAUCACAUUCAUUACGGAAAAGGUUUAUCACGCAUAGAUCACAAAGCAGAUCUCAACAAGAUGGCUUCUAGGAUGUUAACCAUUUCUUCAACAAAAGUAAUCUGGAGGAUGGAAGUUGAAAUAAUUGAGUUUCCUUGUUUUCAAGUUUGUAUUCUAGACACUGCAAUAAUGCAAUAUUACUUUCCAUUUAAAUCCAACCUUUGGGAAAGACUUUGUGGUUUCCUACCUUCUUAGUAGAAUAUUACAUAAGAUAUUAAAACUUGGAAUAGGUCUAUGAUUUUAUUAAAGGCUUUGCUUUAGAAAAAUAUUUCUUAAAAUUAAAAAUGAUGUAACAGUA